GCAUGUACUUGGAUUGCAAAUAAACAGGGGCGAGUAUAAAUACGGGAUCGAUUCUGUGUAAAAAAUAUCACUUUCAUUCAGUCCUCAUCCGUUCAACAGCUUUGCAAAAGAAAGAAAAAACAAUGAACAAAACGAUCCUCUCCAUUUUCGUGGUGCUUGUCGCCAUCGCGGUUGUCCAUGCUGGCAACGAGGUGACCAAAACGGUCGAAUUUACCCCACCGGCGAGCAUCGUGGAGGGUUUGAAGCGUCUCAAGAGAGGAUAUGGCGGAGGUGGUGGAGGUGGACACGGACACGGACCUGGUUCCGGGGGUGGUGCCGCUGGCCCCGUUUACAUCUGUGGUUACAUCGGUAGCAAGGAAGGCUAUGGUGGAGGAUAUGGACGUUAAGUCUCCAAAAUAGCAACCAAUAUUUUCGGUGACGACCAAAGAACUGUCAAAAAUCGGACCUCCACAACAUUAAUCCUCAUCAUACCGACCUCAAUCUCAAUUGAAAAACAAAAACCUCAGUCAUAUUUUUGUCUCAUAAUUAAUUUACGUGACAAAAUUUAGUCAUUUUAUCCGUCACGAUACAUACAAUUCGUUAAAACAAAAAACCAAAGCAUUUGUUGAAUAAUUUUUAUUGUAGGAAGAAAAAAAUAAGGUUUAGAAAUAAUUGUUGAAAUAUU